AUUUGACAGCGGCCGCGGAGCUGUUUUCGUUUCGUCGAACAUUUUCCGAAUAUUUCCUGCUCAACCAGGUCAAAUUGUGCUCCACGAUGGAUUUCGAGAAAGUUUGUCGCCUGUGCCUGGAGGAGAGGGAGCGGUUGCGGCCGAUUACCGCCGGCGAGGACACUUUUCUGCGUGACAUUUUCCGUAACAUUUUGCAGAUUGAGGUGUAUCCAAAUGAUCAACUGCCGCAAAACAUUUGCGCAACGUGCGUAACUUCGCUUAUAAAACUUCACAGCACGAUUGAACUGUUCCGGGCGAACGAUUUAAAGCUUCGCAAUCAGUUGUACGGAUUUGUUGAGGUCAAAACGGAGAUCAUUGAGGAAACGGUGGAACCGGCACCGUUACCAAAUCCCAAAAAAGAAGAUGAACAGGAGGAAAACGGUGAACUGCCGGAGGCAGAGUACUUGGAUGAGGAUUUACUCGUGGAUCCCAGUGAGAUCAAAAGUCCAGAAUACGAGGACCUUAAAGGCUUCACUAAAAACGAGGAUCAAGACGAAUCUGAUUUGGACAUUACAGCUGAUUGGAAGGUGCCAACAGACGAGAGUGAUUCUCAACUGGAACGUCCCAAGCGAAAGCAGGGUCGACCGCGGGUUAGACCGAUGAAACAGCGGCGAAAGGGCGUCUUCGGUCGGCCCCGAACUAACUUUAGAGAUCCAAACCGGCCACGUAAAAACGAUCACAAGUGCUACAUCUGCAUGAGUGAAUCGCUGGGAAGUUCCGAAGCGCUCUUUGUCCACUUGAGUUCACACACCGACCAGCUGCCGUACACGUGCACCGUGUGCGUGCAGGAAACGGUCGUAAUAAAUCAAGUCACCACGCUGAACAUCCACAAAAGGAUGCACCUACUGCCGGAGAAGUGCCCGCACUGCGACAAACGCUUCAGCGGCAAACACAACAUCGAACUACACAUAUUAAUGCUGCACCAGGAGCUCGCACCGCAAGACGAAAGCCCCGCACCGUGCCCCACGUGUGGCAAGGUGUUCCUGUCGGAAAAGGCUCUGCGAUUCCACAUGCACUCGCACAAUCAAAGAAUUGCGUGCGAAAUCUGCGGCAAAAUGUACCACUCGAAAACAAAGCUCCGUGUUCACAUUCGACGGGUGCACGAAAAAACCGGCAAAGUGGAGUGCCACAUUUGUCACAAAAUGCUGAAUUCGUUGGAUGCGGUUCAAAGUCACAUCAAUAUUAUGCACACAAAUGAGAAGGUUCAGUGCAAGUACUGCCCGAAGACCUACACCUCGAAAACGAGCCUCCGCCUGCACGAAAAGCGCCACGAAACCAUCCCGGAGGGUAAGGAAAUGUCCAACGACUGGAAGCAGUUCUACACGUUCGUGGAAGGCAACGAGGACCUGAAGCCGAGUGCCCGCAUGAAGCGGUGCAACCUGUGCGGCGCCACCGUGCUGCAAAUCGGAACCCACCUGGCCAAGCGCCACUUCCCGAAGGAGUUCCGUUGCGCGCAGUGCGAAACAAACUUCAGCGACCGGAAGGCGCUGGAGGUGCACAUGCUGGAGCAUAGCGUCGGGAAGUUCCUCAAGUGUCCCAUCUGCGAGCACGAGUUUACCGAGCGAAAGUAUCUGGUGAAGCAUCUCAAGACCAAAAAGCACCGCGACCAUCCGCUGGCGCAGAACACCGACUGGCUCGACGCCAAGUACCCGUCGACGGUGCCGAAGCGGAUCAAGUCGGAGGGUGGCGCGGUGCAGGAGGUGCAGAGCGCGGUGGAAAGCAUUGGGGCGUUUGUGCAGGAGUGAACAAGUGGGCGGGGGAACUCUGCGCUUGAGUUAAUGUUUUAAUAAUUGUAUAUGAUUAUGAAUAAAAUUUUGAUGAACCAAAUUAU